UGGAGCUCGGCUUCAUUGUGACAAUCAUUCUGAAGGAUAGUCUAUGACCAAUGCGUACAUAUCCGUCGCAACUUCAUAAAAUGAAGAACAGUAUUGCAGCUCAGACCAACCAAGAACACAGAGAGGAAACAGAAGAGGCAAUGCAAACCUGCAGCCGACCACGGCAAAAAUACGUCUUUAUCGCACCGCACAAAGUCGGGGCCUCGACAAGCUGUACGAUUUUUCAAAGAUACGCCAUCAGCCGCAAGCUACCGAUGAUGCUGCCAAUCCAGGGUGUUGUCCUCUCUUGGGGCAUCUCUCCUACCGAAGAAGAAUACAUCCACACCCCUGAUGAACAGUAUCACGCCCUGAUGAACCACUUUACGUACAACAAAACCUGGCUACGGUCCAAGUUCCCAGGCGACACUGCCUACAUAUCUAUCAUCCAAGAUCCAAGCAAGCAAUUGAGGUCUGCCAUGAACUAUUACUACAUUCCAGAACUUCUGAAGAUCCAGUCCGAAAACCCGCUCAAGACGUUCUUGGAGAAUCCGUGGAGGUACAAGAAUCGAUCCGAGGUUAACUUUGCCCACUGUAACGUGACCUGGGACCCCACUCGGAACUUCAUGGCCUUUGACUUGGGCUACCCUACCGAUGGAGUGGAAGAUAAGGAGCGAGCUCGCAGAUACGUCAAUGAACUAGAAGACGACUUCACCCUCGUUUUGCUGCUGGACCACCUGGACGAGUCUUACGUUCUCCUCAAACGUCUGAUGUGUUGGGAACUGCAAGACGUACUUUACGUCACGAAGAACAACCGAAGUUACUCGUUCAAGGAAUACGUCCCCUCUGACAAAGAAAUUGCGAUGCUACGACGCUGGAAAGCCGUGGACUAUCUACUGCACGACACGUUCAACGAGUCCUUGUGGAGGAAGAUCGCAGCACAGGGUCCAGGCUUCUUUGAGGAAGUGCAGCAUUUUAAGGAUGUUAACGAGCGCGUCAACACGUACUGUGCUGAACGGAAGGAAGGGAAAACAAACCUCACAGUGGAGGCAUCCAGGUGGAAUUCACAGUUUGAGGUGGACGCCGAGUUUUGCCGAGUACUAAACGCUACAGUUAUACAGCUUUUGGAGCCGUUGCAAAAUGGACCAAAGGACGACAAAUUUAGACUCGUGACCGAGAGAAUAAACAUGAGAGAACUGAUCGAUGGACAACCAACUUUUAAACAUCAGCGCGAGCGAAGAAUAUAUCUAAACAGAGUCAAAGCGGCAAAAGAACUUGAAGCGAAAAAGAACGAAACAAAACGAAACGACACAAACAAACUAAAAAGGCCGACAUCUGUUUUGGGGCAGAUGUAGCAUGACUUCACCAAGUUUCACGGCAUUGCAGGAAAAGA